AUUCACGACUGUCGACAGUACAGUUGACAAUCAAGCUAUCACAAGUGUGAUAGAAGGAUCAUCGCUCCUGUAAAAUUAAAAGAAGAGAUUUGUAAACUUCUACGUCAUAUUCACAGUGAAAAAACAACUGGCCGAAGUGUCACAAAAAAAUCAAGUCUGAAAGCUAAGUGAAAUAUACAAAAGGAAGGAAGAAAGUAUUGAACGAUGGUGGAUUACAGCAAGUGGAAAAGCAUCGAAAUCUCAGAUGACGAAGAUGAUACACAUCCAAAUAUUGAUACACCAUCACUAUUCAGAUGGCGGCAUCAGGCACGAAUUGAGAGAAUGGAAGAACGUAAAAAAGAACAUGAAGAACAUGAAAGAAAAAAAGCAGAGACAUUAAAAAAACUAAAAAACACAAAGGAAAAGCUGGCUAGAUUAGAAAGUGAACAAAAAGAUUCAGGUGAUUUAACUGCACUGAAAAAAGUUCUUCAGGAUCUUGAGGAGGAAGAAAAAAAGAUUAAAGAGAGGGAGGAUGAAAUAGAGAAGAAAGAGAGAUUAACACCAUGGAAUGUAGAUACUAUUGGUCAAGAUGGCUUUACAAAAACUGUGAUAAAUAAAAAGCCUCCUAGAAGUGACGAUGAUUCUAGUCUGUCUGAUGAAGAAAAAGAGAAACGAAUGAAGCAGUUUGUCAAGGAAAACGAGAAGAAGCUCAAGGAAUUCGGCAUGCUGAGAAAGUAUGACGACAGUAAGAAAUUUCUGUUAGAUAAUCCACAUUUGGUUUGUGAGAACACAGCUAACUAUUUGGUCAUUUGGUGCAUCAAUUUGGAGAUGGAAGAAAAACAUGACCUGAUGGAACAUGUGGCUCAUCAAUGCAUAUGCAUGCAAUACAUACUGGAGCUGUCCAAGCAAUUGGACGUUGAUCCGCGAGCAUGUGUUGGCUCCUUUUUCAGUCGCAUUCUAAUCGCCGAAGUGGAGUAUAAGAACUCUUUCGAAGACGAGCUACGAGCAUUUAAGGACAGAAUACGUAAGAGAGCAGCGGAGAAGAUAGACGACGCUGUUCGCCAGGCAGAAGAGGAGGAAAAGAAGGCUCGCUUAGGUCCCGGUGGUCUUGAUCCCGUGGAAGUGUUCGAAAGUCUUCCAGAGUCUCUACAAAAAUGCUUCGAGACACAGGAUAUUUCUCUGCUACAACAAACAAUAGCCACAAUGCCAGGAGAGGAAGCGACAUAUCACAUGAAACGAUGCGUCGACAGUGGUCUGUGGGUUCCCGAUGCGAAAGCCAAGGAAAAGGAGGAGCAGAACGCUGCGAAGGAAACGCCAGAUCCGGAGUAAAUGACGCAUUUUUAAUCGACUGCACCGUACGUAGGAUACUCAGUGUGUGAAAAAUCAAUAUCUCUCAUUUACACGAGUAUUCUUUGCGAGAUGGAUACGUUGAAAUAAAGUCGUCAUUAAUGGAAAACGUCGGAAAUACGAUUAUUAUCUGCAUCAACCGCUUUUAUCGCGUAUUAUUUCACAAUACAUUCUAUUAAUUUGACUUGAAUUAGUUUACAAAUACUUUUUCGUACAUAACAAUCAUUUGGAACAUAUACGAGAAGUGUAGCAAUAUGAAUAAACCGAGUAGAAUAACUAUUUCUCAUUUUUUUGAGCAAGUAA